AUGCCCUCCUACCAAUACGAAAACAGCUACCACCGCAGCCACGAGCUGGCGCACCGUCUGCGCAAGGAGACGCGCCACAGCCACUACCCGACGCGGUACAUCGUCAACGACGGCCAGCUCUUCGUCGACGAGAAGUCGCUGCGGCACAGCAACACCGUCAUCUACAACUCGCCCGGCUCGACCAUGUGGCUGACGCCGUCGUCGAGACAUCAUUCGACAAGCGCACAUAACCCGCACCACCACUCGACCUCGUCAUCUGCGUGGGUCGCGACGACGACGCAACCGGCUACGAUGGUGUGCCUUGGCUGUCAUGAGCACCGCGUGGCAUACUAUGGGAGCUAUUGUCGCGAUUGCACCGCAGCUCGGCUGGCGCCGGUGCCGGAGCGGAGGCAGCUGGACUACCCGGAGAGGAGGGCCAUUGGAUGGCGGUAG